UACGCAUUUCCUGUUCUCUGCGAAAUCACCCCCCCUCUUCCCACCGUCGCGCCGUGAAGUGGAUGUUUUGGUGGAAAAAAAUACGCUGUCGAAUAGGGACGUAAACACGUUUAAACCAUGACAUUGCGACCGAGUGGGACCUAAAACGCCGCAGCGGGGGGACAAGGGUCGUCUUCAGCCGAGGUUUCUGUGUAUCUCGUCGUAUUCCUCCGCAUGUCCGCUUUCUUCGUAGAUGGUCUCCGGCGAGCGUUGUCUGGCGGCGGACGACGAGUUCUCGACGAAUAACAUGAAGGAGAUGAUCGGGGGCUGCUGUGUGUGCUCUGACGAGAGAGGCUGGGCAGAGAACCCGCUGGUGUACUGCGACGGACACGGCUGCAACGUUGCCGUGCAUCAAGCCUGCUACGGCAUUGUACAGGUGCCCACUGGUCCCUGGUUCUGCAGAAAAUGUGAAUCUCAGGAGAGAGCAGCCCGUGUGAGGUGUGAGCUGUGUCCCCACAAAGAUGGAGCGCUCAAGAGGACAGACAACGGAGGCUGGGCGCAUGUGGUGUGUGCACUUUACAUACCUGAGGUGGAAUUUGCCAACGUAUCGACUAUGGAGCCCAUAGUCCUUCAGUCUGUACCGCAUGAGCGCUACAACAAGACAUGUUAUAUCUGUGAGGACCAGGGCAGGGAGAGUAAGGCAGCCACUGGAGCCUGUAUGACCUGCAACAAACAUGGCUGCAGGCAGGCUUUCCAUGUCACAUGUGCCCAGUUUGCCGGGUUGUUAUGUGAAGAACAAGGGUCAGAUGCAGACAACGUUAAAUACUGUGGAUACUGCAAGUACCACCACAGCAAACUGCGAAGGAGCAGGGGCCGUGGUAGUAGGUCUCAAAGCUUAAGUGACUCUUCCUCUCAGUGUAUGGAUAGACCCCCAGACACGGACAAGAAGAAACACAAGGAGCGGGACAGACACAAACCAAAACACAAGAAGACUUCGAUGGACAUGUCGCCAUCUCUCGUUCUUCCGAACAUCAUGGUCCCAGACAAGGCCUACAACAGCAGCAGCACAGGGGGAGUCGUCAACUCUCUGCCUGCGUCCUCACAGAAGCGGCUGGAUGACGGCACGGCUCGUUUCACCACCGCCAACUUUCAGGAAGUGUCUUCCACUCACUCUGGUGGAGCCACGAAAGAAAGCUUGGUUGCAGACACUGGAAAAACUGCAUCUGAGGUGAAGACUAAGAAGAACAGUGGCGCAAGUCAUGCGGUCGGACAAAGGGGUGGCCGCAAAUCUCUCACCUCCUCAGGGAAACCUCUCCCCUCCUCAGUGGUCACCAUGGCAACCUCAUCCACAUCUGCCUCUGCUUCCACUGGACCUUUUCAUCAAGGCCUCCUGUUGACCAGUGCAAGCAAGACAACCUCAGCCCCUUCCUCUACAGACUUUCUAAGUUUCUCUGAUUCAUCGUUGCGUCCUGGGGGUGGAACUACCUUCUCCUCCCCACCAUCUUUCAGCAGCUGCCUUGUUAAGCCAAGCUCAGACAGUGGAGCCUCAGAGGGGACUUCAACACUCUUUGGUUCCCUCAUGUCAGCAACUACUGCUUCUGCAGUGGGCGGGAAGUUGUAUGAGAAUUCCCACAGUCACACCGCUAAUGAGAUGACGAGCCUUGUUGGUUCUGCUGGAUUUAAACGCGCCCAGCCCUCCAGCUCAGGCCCGGGGAUCGGUGGAGCGGUGGCAGCAGUGGGGGAAGAUGGCGUGAAAAAGAAAAAGAAGGGCAACUGGCGAAACCGAUUUGGACCUUGCUUUACUACAGAUGUCAAGCCUUCAGAGCCAGCUCCCUCCAUGACACUCUCCACCUCCUCCACAGCCAGCACCACCUCUUCCACUGCCUCUUCCUCCUCAUCGUCAUCCUCAACGCUCUCAGGCCGACCAGGUUUAGUUUCCAGUAGUGGUUUAGGAGUGGGUGUUGGAGGAGGAGAAAGGAGCCUGGGGGUUAUGACCGUUGGUCCCGGUAUCCAGAAGUCUCCAUCACUCCUCAGGAAUGGGAGUCUGCAAAGCAACAGCAGCUCCACAACCACUGUGCCAGGUGUCUUCUCUGGUUCUGAUGCGACGGCGUCUGGUACAGGAGCCGUCGCCGUGGGCGGAGCCGGCUCUGACCUGUCACAGCAACAGCAGCCCAUUCCCUCAUUAGCCGCCCCUUCUCCUUUCACCGCCACGGCGCCGCUGACCAGCACAGCGUCCACACACGUGAGCGGUUUGCCAGGGUCAGUUUUCAACAUGGCCCCCUCCCACAUGUUUGGUAACAGGUUGAAUCCCAACUCGGCCAUGGCAGCACUCAUCGCCCAGUCUGAGGCCUCACCAGCAGAUCCGGAGGUGGGAGACGGCGGCGUCGGUGCUCAGGGCUUUUGCAUAAGAGCUUCUCCCAAGACCACCCCGCGCUCUCCUAUUGGUGGCCUGCAGAUCCGCUAUGACUCUGCGGGGUCGUUGCCGGGGAUGGGGUUGCUAGGGGCAGGGGGAGGCGGCGUGGACACGCUGCCCCCGGUGGCCACCAGCAUAGAGCAGCUCCUGGAGAGGCAGUGGAACGAAGGGCAGAGCUUCCUGCUGCAGCAGGGCGCACAGGGGGAUGUGGUGGCGAUGCUGAAGUCCCUCCAUCAGCUGCAGGAGGAGAACAGGAGGCUGGAGGAGCAGAUUAAAACUCUGACCAUGAAGAAAGAAAGACUGCAGCUUCUCAGUGCUCAGCUAUCAGUGCCUUUCACCCCCUCCACAGCUUCCUCUGAUGUGAAAGGAGCCACUGACCUGUCACUACCUGUCUCAGCUCAGGACAACGCGUCGUGUGGUGGCCACAGCAGUAGCGGCUCCACCUCCUCCCUCUCCACCCCUCCUUCUGUUUCCCAGAGCCCACCUCAACCGCAGCUCAACGGGGUUGCCACCGCGGGGCCGGCCCCAGCCGGUCUGGGCGGGGUGGCGGGGCUGAUGGGGGCCCUCGGAGCCGGAAGCACCCUGGGCAUGGGAGGCAUUGUGGGGGCGUUGAACGGGGUGAUCCAGACCCCAGCGGGGACUGCCAGCCCUCACACACACACUACAGGAGCAGCUACAGGCGUCACUCUGCCCGUCAGCAACAGCAGCUCAGCAACUGGUAAGAACAGCGCAGCGCGCCUCGGUCUGCUGUCUGAGCAGCAACGCCUCCUCCUGCAGCAGCAUCAGCUCCAGCAGCUUCUGUCCUCUCAGCCUUCACCGGAGCAGCAGCAGGUGCUGCUGUACCAGCUGAUGCAGCAGCAAGAUCUCCACCAGCUGCAGACCCUCUCCUCCUCUGCCCAGAUUCCCUCCAUCCCACUCUCCUCCGCUCAGCUGUCCAUCAGCAACCUGCUGCCCGGCGCCCAGAGCCAGGGCCAAGGCGCCAUCACGGCCAACCCCUUCCUGGCGCUGCAGCACGCACACACUGACGCACACGCCUCCGGGGCGCCGAAGCCGCGGCUCGCUGAGAAGGCGGUGGGCGUCACGGGGCAGGAGAAGACAUGACGGCAGAUACUCUUUUGUUUUGGUGUAGUUUUUGCUUCUUAAACAAAUAUGCAGAGUUUUCCUGAGACCUGUUGGUCAACUUUAUUGUUAUUAUAUAGAAAGGUCUGAGUCCUGGUAGAUGAAUGCCUCUGCACAAUCUUCCUGUGGCGAGUGAUAGCAGAAAACUGUUUAGCAUUUCUUUUUGUGCAGGCACUAACUCAGUUGACCUAGACAGCUUUAUUUUUGCAGCAAGUGUUUUGUGUAAAUUUCUAUUUAUUUCCAUCCAUUUUAGAUUUCUAACUUUUGGCUUUAGUGCUGCUUCAGGUUAUUAUUUUGUCACUGCUGAAACAAUUAUUUCCAUUUAAUAUCACUGGUAACUUAAUGUUUGUUGGUGUCAUUGUGUUGUACCAGAGCAUGUGGCGUGUGUGUCCAUUCUCUUCUCUCAACAGGUGAGUUGUCUCACAGGUGUUUCACCCUCCAUCGACUAAUGUUUUCGUCUCAAAAUGUGAGCGUUUAUUUUCUGUUGCCAUGUCUCCGUGCUUUCUCUCUCACUUUACUCUCUUCCCAUCGUGCUUCCCACUCUCUUUCCAGUCUCUUUGUUGUUUCACUGUCUCAGGGGCCUCACCUCACAAGAGUUACGCACUCUUCACCCAAGCUAGCACACAGAACUGUAAGCGUGAAAAAGGAAAAAUAGCAGAAAUAAAUGAAUGUUUAAAAUAAACACAAGCUCCUACCGCAAGACUUACCAGUAGCAGAUGAAUGCCUGACAUCUGUCUUGCAGUGGUUCCACAGAGUUUUGGGUGAGAGUGAAGAAAUCCCACGUUUUCAUUUCAUCUCUCCCAUGUGUCUUUCAUGCCGUUGUGUAGAUCCAUUAACGCCAGCGAUUCAAGCCUCGUUCGGUCACCGCAGAAGCCUUGCUUUUCACGGUCUCUUCUCUGGGCCACAAACAGGGGGCUCACUCAGAAAGCUGAAAUGUACGUAUGCAGAUGGAAAAUGGGAAUUUUAAUAUGGAUGUGUUACUUCACACUGCACAGACUCAAAUAGAAACUAUGUAGAUAUUUCGUCACUGCAUGCAAGUUGUUACAUUGCAUAUUUGUGAUUGAGCUCCCCGUGAACCUACCUCUUGAGCAGGACUAGCCUAUUAGGACCUAAAAGGCCAAAACCAGUGGCCGCUUAAAAACUCACAACAGUCAGGACUGGCCAAUCAGGGCCCGAACCCAAGUGCCUGAGGCCAAGGGGGGAAGGCGGGAUUUAUUUUGCUUUUACCUGUGUCCCUGUCGCUCAGUCGAUUUCUACACAACGCUACUGUUAAUUAAGCUGCGUUGCCAAGGCAACAGAUGAUUAAAAACACUUCGCAUGAGGCUGAAUGAGCCGUCUCCUUAAUAAAACCAGGAAAUAUUCUGCUGCAUUCUCUAAAAUCAAAGCCAACUUUGUAUUGUGCUUUUUUAUUUAUUUGGAGUUUGUUUGUGUAAUGGGUAUAAGAUGAUAUAUUUUAAAAGCCCGCUGGUGUUGCAAUGUAACAUCAUUUUGUACUACUGUGUAAAUUUAUGUUUGUCUUGUUUUUUUAAUUUCGUCUUUACAGUCAAAUCUUGCUGUAAGCCCUUUUAAUGACUUUACUCUGUGUCAUGUGUUGAAAGCUAGAAGCUACUUGAUAGUUGGCUCAUUGGGGGGUGGGGGGUGACUGUAUAUAGCUGUUUGUAGAGGGGAGGAAGCGUGUCAGGGUUGAGUGGCACAGUUUUUACCUCGUUACCUGUACAUAGACAUUUCUCACUGGCUGUUGGUGUACAUAAGUGAUUCUGAUUGAUGGCGUGAAGCACAGCCAGUGAAGCCUCAGUUUGUGUGUGUGAAUCUCUAGGACCAGACAAAAAAGGUUGACAGUGACUGGACACGAAAAAAUAUUAAUUUAUUUUUAUAUGUGCAGGGACAUUGUGUUUCUUUUUUAUGUUUUGCACCAUUUUCUUGAUGAGAAAGUCAUUUUAUACUCUUGGCACCAUGUUUCGUGCACACAUUUGUUUUGAUCAGUUUUGUAUAUGUAAAAUAAUGGGAGGAGGAAAUUUGACAUUGUAUUUCAAAACACCCAAAAUAAAGAAACACUCUGGAUAAAAUAA